AUGGAUGUGCAGGCCGCCAUAAAGGCGUUAAACACCCGGCUUGACAAGAUUGAGGCGGCCCGGGUCGACGACUUGCAGGACGCCAUCGCUAAGCUGAAUCACCGGCUUCUCAAUGCCGAGACAGACAUUCACCUGCUUGACAAGCGCACUCUUAGUCUUGAAGGCGUUUUUGACGGCGGUCACAUGGCUCCCGUCUACGGGGAAUCAUCCUCCCAGGGACGUAUGCCCACCGCACACACGUCCGGGUACUACAGCCACCUGCAUACCUUUCCAUCUAUCUACUCACGCAACUCUUCUUAUUCGCCACCCAAUGCGACGGGCCCUGGGCACAACGGCAACGCACCAUUUGGGAACCAAGGAGCCGGAAAUCAUCAGAAACCAGGCAUUGCCGCGAGAGGCGGAGGCGGGCUGGAGGCAGCCAACAUGCGUUUGCUGAUGCCAGUCAUCUCCGCCACCGUGGAGCCAUACCAAACCGGCUUUCAACAUCUAGCCGCCAAAGCCGCCCUGCAGAAGAGGAAAGCCGAAACUGAGAUCGACAACGAAGAGGGCGCGGAAGAGCCACACAGGAUGCGCGCCCAGAACCUACGAUUCUGGAGGGAGAUGAGUGUCCCCGUCAAUUCUCACAUCGAGCCCUCGGAGGAGAACCUGCGCAAGCUUGAGGACCUGAACAAAAAGUUCCAACACCCGCACGAGAACGUGCCACAGAUGCUGGAGGACAUAAAAAAGAAGUCCAAGCUGGCACGUGACCAGGACGCGCUCAACGCUCAGAGAGAGAAGGCUCAGGAAGAGAACGACGCCACCCCCUUCAGUGUUAUGGGAGCCCACCAUAGAGUCUUGCUAGCGGAAAGUGAGAUCAAACGCCAACGCCGAGAAGAUCCGGAGCAGCCUAGGCGCAAGCGGGAGGCCCCUCGUCCCAGCGAGGUCUAUUCCGAGCCGAAUGACGCAGCCUGGAAUCACGACUUCUUCGCAUUCAGCAAGGAGAACGACGCCCGCAGCACCGAUGCCGAGAUUGAGCGACGCCAUCUCGAGCUCUGCAAGAGGCGCGAUAUCCUCCACGACCUCUCGCUCGGCGAUCUCCCCGAAAACGACUCUGACAUGGAAGAGUACCUGUGGCUCUGCCACUACCGCGACCGCCGCGAAGACCUCUUGCUGGCUGGUGCUCUCAAGUUCGAUGACGGCCAUCUCACCUGGGCCAACGACAGCGACAGCGACAGCGUCAGUCUCACGCGCGCAAACCCCGGCCCCUAUGACAGCAAAUACACGUGGGUCAGCGAAAACGGCAGCGUUGCUCCCAAGCCGCGCGGACAGCCCAACCAAGAUUUCAGCUACUACGGCAAGGUCAGUGAUAACGGCAGCGUCCAUGUCCGCAAUGACACGAACCCCGUGAUCGCCGACGCAGAGCUCGACGACGACCGCUCGAUAACCAUAGACGCCGAGAGCACCCGCUACAACACCUUCCGCGUCACCGAGUCAGAGCGCAUACAGCGACGUCCAGAUGGCAGACCAUGCUGA